UUUAGUUUAGUUUGUUCAGUUGUGCUGUCUCUUCUCUAUUCUGUAUCUUCGCUCUUUUCAGUCUUCCUGCUCUCCGUCUCCAAAAGUGCGUGUGCGUGAGUGUAACAACUGUCACGAUGAAGUAACUGUGCCACGGAUGACUAGAUUCCGCUACUGGACGGAAAAAAAUCUCUGGCGACAUGCCUCGCUGUCUCAUGGCAAAAAAAUUCAAGGCCUAUACUUGGCCGGAGAGGACAUACCCACCUGAAGAAGAAGAGGAGGAAAUUGAUGUGGUUGGAGAUUCGCCGAGCUCUUGCUGGGGGCCGUCCAGCCCCACCGAGGGGGCUACAGCUCCCAGUCCGCCCCCUACUUCGCCACAUGGGACUACCUUACUCUAUAAUGGUUAUCUUCAAGAAAUUUCUCCUUCAAGCUACACAUCAACUUUCAUGCCAAAAACCGAGGUAUCCAAUCCACCUCAAACCUCCUACGUUACUCUGCGAACAGUUGUCGAAACCCAAGACCUUCGACCGGAGUAUUCUACCCCAAGUCCAGCUCCAGUUCGACAUAAGAAAUCUCUAGCCAUGACAUACACAAGUACCGGUGCAGCAUUGAGUUUACCUCCGAAGAAGAAGGACAUCUACCGCCCAUAUUCUCUGGAAGACAAACCCUCACCACCCUUUUUCCACCAUGCCAUCCGAGUACCUGCUGAGGAAGACCUUCAUGCGGCACACGCUAUCCUGGAUCUGAGUGCUUCAACUACGGUGUUUUUACCGUCUCCUCCUCAAAUACAAAUCCAGGAACAGAUUCAAACGGUGGAGGUUCAUCCAGACAUUCACGAGUCUGGGAUUCUUCAGCCAUUGAGAGCGACAACGCCAAGUGAGAAACCUGGUGGUAAAACGGUGGCAUAUACUUACGAAGCGUUCUUUGUUAGUGACGGAAGAUCGAAGAAGAAACAUCAUCCAGAUGACCCCACUGCCACCCUUACGCCAAAAGCCAUCAUAAAUGAAAAGCCGAAGUACACCUGCAGCGAGUGUGGGAAGCAAUACGCUACUUCAAGUAACCUCUCCAGGCACAAACAGACACACAGGAGUCUGGACUCGCAAUCUGCCAAGAAGUGUAUAACUUGCGGUAAGGCUUACGUAAGCAUGCCAGCGCUUGCAAUGCAUGUGCUGACCCACAAGUUGGCGCACCGUUGUGGAGUGUGUGGCAAGCAAUUUUCGAGGCCUUGGCUUCUACAAGGCCAUCUCCGAUCGCACACUGGUGAAAAACCUUACGGGUGCGCGCAUUGUGGUAAAGCGUUUGCUGACAGGUCAAACCUAAGAGCACAUAUGCAAACGCACUCCUCAGACAAAAACUUCGAGUGUCCCAGGUGUCACAAAACUUUUGCUCUGAAGUCUUAUCUGAACAAGCACUUGGAAUCUGCUUGUCUCAAAGAAGAACCAAGUACUGCGUUGGGGUGUAUAGAAGAGGAAGGUGUGCCAGAAAUAACUGUAGCUACCCCAAUGCCUAUCAGAGUGUACGCAGGUUGAUAGUUUGAGUGUUGAUUAUUUGAUUGUUGAAUGAUUGACAAUUAUUCUAGACAAAAAUGCUUUCAUAGGGAUCUCUGAUGAGUCAUUGCGGCAACUGGACACAUGUCCGUUCGAAAUUUGUGAUUAUAUAUGACCUGGAUGUAACCAGUUGUCAAAACUAUAUAUUUUUCAAGAUAUACUAUAGACUUGUUUUAAAUAGAUAAAUUAUGAAGAUAUUAAUGGAUCGAAUAGCUUUGGUCUCUCGGUCGGAGUAUAUAUCUAGUCAGCUUUCUAGUCUUUCCACUUAGUUUAUUUUGCGCGUCACGUAAAAGGCACGUCGCUACGAGCGACAUGCCGUUGAGAUUAGCGAUGAUUUAUUUUUCGUAAACUGACGCCCCUUGUAAAUAUCCCCUCCAAAGAGAUAACACAUCGCAACACGUCCACUAAUUUAGGGUUAGUAUGUAAGCUGUACCUUCUAGAAAGCCACGUUGGUUGGUUGUAAAUAGACAGCAAACAGUAUUUAACGUGCACCACUUUAGUCUUAUUUAUUUAAUCUGUAUGUUGGGAAUAUUGAAAAGUUCGUAAUGAUUCCUCGUAAACGGAACGUAAUGAGUUUGUCUGUUGAGUAAUUAGGAUGUUUACUGAAUCAAUUGAAAAUUAAUCGGAAGCAGAAGGAAUAAUAUUUAUAUAA